UUGUCAUUUCACAAACGUCAUUAUGAAAUGUACAACUGGUGAAGAAAUAUAGAAAACUAUUGGAUUGUAUUUUUGUGGUGUUUAAUGUUUUUAGAAAAACGCAAAUAAAUAACUAAUAUUAAACAUUCAGUUAUCUACGGAGUAUAGUGAAAUAUAAAUAAGAUCUUCUAGUGCAGCAAACCAACAAAAAAAUGGCAUCAUUCUUCAACAAUCCAUUCUCAACUCCAAUUGGACAACGAAUAGAGCAAGCUACCGAUAGUUCUUUGGCAUCCGAAAAUUGGGCCUUGAACAUGGAAAUAUGCGAUAUGAUUAACGAAUCUUCGGAUACGGCACGUGACGCCAUGAAAGCCAUACGCAAAAGACUCUCACAAAAUGCUGGCAAAGAUAAUCAGGUUAUUAUGUAUACAUUGACCGUGCUGGAGACAUGCGUUAAAAACUGCGGUAAAGCAUUUCAUGUGUUAGUCGCACAAAAGGACUUCAUACAAGAGCUAAUCAAAUUGAUUGGACCAAAAAAUGAUCCGCCAGCGGUGAUGCAAGAGAAAGUAUUAAGUUUAAUACAAAUUUGGGCAGAUGCUUUUAAGAAUCAACCGGAUUUGAAUGGUAUUACACAAAUGUACAUGGAGUUGAAGAAUAAGGGCAUAGAGUUUCCACAGACAGAUAUUGAACAUUUAGCACCCAUUUACACACCACAGCGUAGUGUACCAGAGCCACCGCCACAGGUUGUACAACAGACAAUUUCACCACAACACGCUAUACCCAUGGCGCCACAUAAUAAUGGACCCACCGUUUUGAGCGCGGAACAAAUUACUAAGCUACAAUCCGAAUUGGAAGUGGUCGCACAUAAUAUGUCAGUUUUAGGCGAAAUGCUCACUGAAUUAAAACCAGGACAGGAGGAUGCAGACGACUAUGCGCUACUAACUGAGCUAACAGCUACAUGCAAAGAAAUGCAAGCCAGAAUUGUCGACCUAAUCGGACGCAUUACUGAUGAUGAGCUUACCGCUGAGUUACUACGUCUUAACGACGAAUUGAACAAUUUAUUCUUACGCCAUCAACGUUACGAAAAGAAUCGCACUAGCAGUAGCACAACUUCGCCUUCGGCCAUUUUGGGUGCUGCCAUUGGUGUGCCACCCACAACUAGUGCCUCACAAGCUAGUGCAAUACCAAAUGAUUCACGCUUAAUAGAUCUGGAUGUGCGUGCUGAGAAGUUAUCAAACACAUUCAGCGCCAUGACUACCAAUCCAGUUAAACCGUUAAACAAAGAUAUUGAUGAGUUCGAUAUGUUGGCGCAAUCACGUACCGACACUAAUAACAAAAGCGAUCUGUUGAAAGACAUUCCCACUGUUGACGCUGCAGCUGGCAGCAUUAAUUUGCCAUUCAAGCGUACUAAGGAAACAGCUGUUGUAAGCAAACCGGCAAGAGAAAACGAAGUUGAUGAAAUGGAGGCAUGGUUAGGCAGUUCUGUAAGUAAACAGAAAGAAGGCGCUGAAGGCUUUGAGGAAACCCUAACCAGCACCGAAUUCGACAAGUUCUUAGAGGAGCGUGCCGCAGCUGCUGAAAAUCUUCCCAAUAUCGCCGCAGGCAAUACGAGUGCCAGCGCCACCAGUACCGCCGCUGUGGAUAAUCAAAAGAAACCGACUAAAAAAGCUGGUGAUGAUGAUUUGCUUAUACUAUGAAGAUGCUGCAACCUCGAUAAUCGCACACCUAAAACAUAACCAUUUUUUUUAAAUGUCUACAACUAGCAUUAGUGUAAAGCGCUAAACUAAAUUGUAUUUAUUAUUAUAAUUUAAAAUGUCCGUUAGCGGUGGCAAAGCAAAUUAUGUUUCCCAAUAUGUUAUUUACUAUAUAAGUAUUGUAUUGCAGCUAAAUGUAUGACAUAUAUGUAUAUUUUUUUCCAGCACAUGCACAUAAAUAUAGGCAGGCAUUGAGGCUGCGCGCUCAUCAUUGUACACAUAUUUAUAUAAAAUUAUGUGUGAAUUCAACUGUUGCAUACAUUAUUGAUGCUGGUAAUAUGUGUCCAGUUCUUUUUUAUAUAUAUGUAUAUUUACUUGUGUAACAACACAGACACACACA